UAUACUUUAGGUAAUUUUUGACAAUUAGUAAAGUUAAAAAUGAAAUUUUUUCUCGAUUUACUCAAAUAGAAUAAAAUUGGCAAAAAUGCCGUAAAAUUCAAUAGCUAAAUGGAGCUUGCUCAAUAACUGUAACCAUAGUUUUUUGUGUUUUGUUAAAAACUUAUCAGGGUAUACUAGCUUAGAGGUUAUAAAUACAGGUAGAAUAACAAUAAAAUCCAUAAAUUAGCAAAGAAUAGCAAAAUGUUUUGUUGGGGAAAUGCAACUCAUCAUGAACUUUGUAUUGAAACUAGUUCUGACUCCCUCGAUUUAGUAAUAAAACCCACUUUAUCAAAAUGGCGAGAGAGCAGUCACAUUCAGUGUGUAGAGGCUGGAGAGUUCCAUACCCUAUAUUUGACAAACAUGGGCCACCUUUACUCAUGUGGAAGCAAUGAGGUAGGGCAACUUGGAAGGUAUACAGAUUCAAUUGGAGGCAAAUUUCCAGCUUUAGUAGAAACAUUCAAAGGCUGCACUCUAACAGCAGUAGCUUGUGGCCUGCAGCAUUCCAUGGCCUUGGACGAAUGGGGACAGCCCUUCAGUUGGGGCUCCGACAGCAUGGGGCAGCUUGGAAGCAACUUGGGGACUCACGCUCAGGACAAACCAAAAAUAAUAAAGUUCCUUGCUACUAAAAACGUUAUUCAAGUAGACUGCGGUUCUUAUCAUUCUAUAGCUUUAUCAAAUAAUGGUGAUCUCUAUGCAUGGGGUGCAAACACAUAUGGGCAAUGUGGUCUGGGAACCAAAUCAAACAAGGAAACCACACCGCAGCAGAUUACAUCGCUGCUCGGCAUACCUAUAGCAUUGAUAGCAUGUGGUGGUAACCACACUUUUGUUUUAUCCAAGUCGGGUGCUGUAUUUGGCUGGGGGAAAAAUAGCCAUGGACAGUUAGGAUUGCAAGAUAGAGAAAAUAGAUGCUACCCAACACACUUAAAAACUCUCAGGAAUGUCAAGGUCUGCCAUAUAUCCUGUGGCGAAGAUUUCACAGCCUUCCUUACGCUUGACGGUGGAGUGUUUACAUGUGGCGCCGGGGAGUACGGACAAACUGGGCACGGGAACACUAAAGACGAACUAGUCCCUAGGAAGGUGUUGGAGCUGAUGGGCAGCACGGUGACGCAGGUGGCGUGCGGGCGGCGCCACAUGCUGUGCCGCGUGGGCGAGCGCGUGCUGGCGUGCGGCUACGGCGCGCGCGGCCAGCUCGGCUGCCCGCACCUGGCCGUCGCGCUCGUUCCCACGCCUGUGCCCUUCACGCCCGCCGACGACUCACCCACCGACGACUAUUGGCAGGAUAAGCCAAAGAAGAAAUCCAAGCUGGAGAGUACUGCGACAUUGCGUAAGCCUGGCGCUGGUCCCUCAAAACUUAAUUUCCCUCCCGAUAUCUUCAACGGCCCUAUCAGAGUGUUCGCGGGUGGUGACCACAGCUUCCUAGUCAUCAAUAGCGACAAAUCCAUAUCGACGGAUCUCCGAUUACCAGACAACAAGAAACAAAUACUCACACUCAGUUUGGCUAAGCUUGGGGCUUGCCAAUUUUUUAAGGACCACGAUGUUGUCAACCAGGAACUGCUGGCUUAUUUGGAGAUAGUGUUCGGAUCGCUCGCUUGCGUCAACGGUUCCUUCCUGCUCGGGCAUAACGCGCACUUCGGCUGCAACACUAGAGUGCCCGGCGUAGACUUGGCUAAGGCGGAGGAGGCCUUUACACUCAUUAGUCGAUUAGAGAACUCUACUAUACAGGAACUAAUAUUUAGCCAUUUAACGGAGCAAGUGAUAAAGAAAGUGAAGGUGUCGCCGCCCGAUGCUGAGGCGCUUCGGUUGUUUCUAAUACUGCCUCUGUACCACGAGAUGAGAAAUCCCCGGCGCCAUCCCGAGUUACAGGGUCCGUUCGCGGAGGCCUUCAACAACCUGUCAGCGCACCCGCAGCGCAUCGUGCAGCUGUGGUGGGAGUCCCAGUCCGCGGACUACUUCGAGAUGCUGGUCGACAUCUUCAAGAGCGUCGUCAUGUACGAGCUCAUGCAGCCCACUGUCCGCGCGAACAAGAAAAUAUACUUUAGCAGAAGUAUAAUUCAAAUUUUGAAUGCCCUGACGGCGUUGAACAAAAUAAACUUCACAAAUCCAAAGAAGCCUAAAAUACCCGCAGAAUGUUUUUAUAUAGAGGAAUUAUGUAACUAUGUUGACAUCGCCUCGGAUUAUAUUAAUUGGCUUUCGGAUCACGAUUCCACACUGCCGCAUCUAUGUAACUACGCGUUCCUAUUCGACGUGCAAUGCAAGUCCUUGCUAUUAAAAAUCGACCAGCAACUACAGAUGCAAAUGGCCGUCAACCGCGCCGCGACACAGAUCUUCACUCGUCUCUUCAUGGACCCCACGUACGAAUACCAACGGGACCAGUUCCUUAACCUGACAGUCUCGAGAAACCACUUAGUGAGAGACACGAUGCUGCAGAUCAGUAACCAUGAUACGUCGCAACUGAAGAAGCCGCUGAGAGUAGAAUUUGUCGGCGAGGAGGCCGAGGACGCCGGUGGAGUAAAAAAGGAGUUCUUCAUGUUACUUCUUAAAGAAAUAUUCGAUCCGGUGUAUGGCAUGUUCAAACAAUCUGAAGAGACCAAUAUGAUAUGGUUUUCGAAUAAUCCAUUUGAGGACGAUGUCAUGUACUACUUGAUAGGCGCCAUCUAUGGUCUAGCUAUAUACAAUUCUAUUAUUAUCUAUGUGCCUUUUCCUUUGGUGUUGUACAAGAAAUUGCUUGGAGAGAGUGUAAUGCUCGACGACUUAUCCGAUCUAUACCCGACCUUAGCCAAUAGUCUCAAAAGUUUAUUGGAAUACCCUGACGAGGACGUGGAAGACGUGUUUAGCCUUUGUUUCGCCGUAAACACAGAGGUCUUUGAUCAGAUUCAAGUGCACCCCUUGAAAGAGAACGGCGAAAACAUUCCUGUGACGCAUGAAAACAAGGGGGAGUAUGUCAAUUUGUAUGUGGAGUUUUUGCUCAACAAAUCCGUAGAAAAUCAAUUCAAAGCUUUCAACCAAGGUUUUCAAAAGGUAUGCGGUGGCCGUAUAAUCAAAUUAUUCCGAUCUCAUGAGCUUAUGUCAGUUGUUAUUGGAAACGAAGAUUACGAUUGGGAUCUGUUUGAAAGUAACUGCGAAUACAAAAAUGGAUACGUGGCUUCAGAUCCGCAAAUCAGAUGGUUUUGGGAAGUGUUCCAUGAAAUUCCGAUUGAAGACAAGAAAAAAUUCUUACUAUUCCUCACAGGCAGUGAUCGCGUUCCUAUCCAAGGAAUGCGGGAUAUCAAAAUAAGAAUCCAGCCAGUAGCAGACGACCGGUACUUCCCCGUGGCUCACACGUGCUUCAACCUGCUCGACCUGCCGCGAUACAAGACCAAGGAGCGCCUCAAGUACCACCUGCUGCAAGCCCUGCAGCAGACGCAGGGCUUCUCACUUGUUUGAACUCUCACACUAGGCCUCCAGCUGUAGGGGGCUAGCAUGGAAGUUGCGAUUAUCACAUUGCGACAGUCGAUUUUUGACAUUUUCUAGGUCCUACUAAUAUAAAGGUAACCAGAACGUUAGCAAAAAUUUAGCGUUAUUAUUCUUCCUAACAACAAAUCAAUCCAUACACAAUAAAAUAAUAUAAACAAUCCAAUGCCAAUAACCUUAAUAAAUAAAUUACCUUAUUUUGUAGUUUUACUGAUUUAGUAUAUUUC